AUGCCCACAGGUCAUUUCGCAGCCGAUUCCCAAGAUGGCACUCUAUCACCCGACCCGCUUUCUACGGUGACUGUGUACAAGGUGUAUAGACGACGAUUUUGGGGGCUGGCUCAACUAGUUUUGUUGAAUAUUGUUGUCAGCUGGGACUGGCUCACCUUUUCUUCUAUAUCCACCACCGCAUCGCAGCAUUUUGGUGUCUCGGAAAGCGCUAUCAAUUGGAUGAGCACUGGCUAUCUUUUUGCCUUUUGCGUCGCCAGUCCAGUAGUCAUCCUCACUCUUAACAAAGGCGGUCCCAAACCUGCCAUCAUCACUACAUCUGCACUCCUGCUCGUGGGCAACUGGAUCCGAUAUGCCGGAACGAAAGCCCGGGGAGGCAUCUUCGGUGUGGCCAUGUUUGGGCAGAUCCUCAUCGGUCUUGCGCAACCAUUCUGCUUGAGUGCGCCGACAAGGUACAGCGAUCUUUGGUUUUCUGAUCGAGGGCGCAUUAGCGCAACGGCUGUUGCAACUUUGGCCAAUCCAUUGGGGGCAGCCUUGGGGCAGUUGAUCGAUUCGUUCUGGGCGACAACCCCCGAGCAGGUUCCAGAUAUGGUUCUGUACAUAUCGAUCAUUGCAACCGUCGCAUCAAUCCCAUCAUUCUUCAUUCCAGCCGCGCCCCCAACGCCCCCAAGUGCUUCAUCAGCGGGCAGUAAAACACCCCUCCGUCCGGCGCUCAUUCAGCUCCUCAAAACCCUCGAAUUCUGGCUCAUCCUGAUCCCCUUCUCUGUCUAUGUGGGCUUCUUCAACAGCGUCUCCUCCCUCCUGAACCAGAUUCUCGAACCAUACGGCUUCUCCGAAACAGACGCCGGCAUCGCAGGCGGCAUCCUCAUCAUCGUUGGCCUCAUCAGUUCGGCCAUCAUCUCUCCCAUCACCGACCGCUUCAAGCACUACCUUGGCACCAUCCGGAUCCUGAUCCCUAUCGUCGCCAUCUGCUACAUCGCCCUCAUCUUCGCCCCGUCCAGUCCAGCAGGCAUUGCCCCGGCAUACGUCGUCUGCGCCCUCCUCGGCGCAUCCUCCUUCGCCCUCCUUCCCGUCGUGCUAGAGUACCUCGUGGAGAUCACGUACCCUUUCUCGCCGGAGAUAGGAAGCACCAUCUGCUGGACGGGGGGCCAGCUCCUGGGCGCGGCGUUCAUCCUCAUCCAGGACGCCCUGAAAGCUUCGGAUAACGCCUCGCCGCCCCAGAACAUGAAAAAUGCUUUGAUUUUCGCUGCGGUCGUGGCCGCCGUUGCGGCGCCGUUUCCGAUUUGCAUCGGCUUGUUUGGGCGGGAUGUCCGCCGCCGCCGGUUGGACGUCGAUCGCGGCGUCGCCUUGGAGGAUACUGUUUUCCGGGGCCAGGAGGCGGCCAGUGCGGGCGUGCGCAUAGGCGACGAGAACCCCAAUACUGGACUGGAUCUUGCUUCUGACAUGCCGAAGCUGGCAACUAAAUACUCAUCUUGA